CGAAAUUGUUGUCUGUUUGUCAAGGAUCAUUCUACUGUUUUUGCUAUAUGUUGACCAAAGAAUGACAAAAUAAAGCACCCCAUCUUUAUCGUUGAAUUUUACAUCUCAUCCUUCAAAUUGAAUUUGGUGUCCUUCCAAACCUUUUUACCUUCCUCCUCUUUCUCUUUCCCUUAUAAUUCCUCAUCUCCUCCCCGCCUAUAUCUCUCUUUUAGACCAAGAAUAUUAUAGAAUUGUAUAUAGCUCUUUUUAUACUAUAACCAGUUAGCUCAUACCUUUCUAGGUGGUGCUAAUUCCUUUAAUCAAACAGAAAUGCAUCGAGAACUCCAUCCAUACUUUUUGCUCUUAACUACCACAAUAUUUAUCUUGUUUUACAUACCGGGGUCUUUCUGUCAAAAUGACGAGCAAUUCAGAAUGUGUGGUGAGCCAUUUGUUUGUGGCGACAUGAAGAUAAAUUACCCUUUCUGGGGAGGGAGAAGACCAGAGUACUGUGGUGGUCAUCCAAGUUUUGAGAUCAAGUGCGAAAGUGACAUCCCCAAUAUUGUUAUUGAAUCAACAACAUAUAAAGUGUUAGGGAUCAACAAUCGUAGUAGAAUACUUACUCUGGCUAGACAUGAUUUACUGAGUAGUAAUCUUUGUUUGGACAACCUUGAGAACGCCUCCCUGAAUUUUAAUCUUUUCAGCUAUGUCUCCGGUGACCAAAAUAUCACUCUGUAUUAUGGCUGCACCCUCCGCUCUGGUUCGCAAAUAGUACCAACUUUUCCAAAUGCGCUCAAAUGCAAUAGCAACGUAUUUGUUAUAUACACAAUGAUCGGCGUUCCCUUCGACUUAUCUACAGUGAGAUGUGAGAACGAAAUAAUAGUUACGGUCAAUCAAACGAGCACUGUGGCAUUAGCUAGUGGUCCAGCUUCGGAGGAAGCUCUGAAAACAGCUUUUUCUGGCGGUUUUUCAGUUAAUUGGACGGCAAGUAUUGACUCGCCGUGCCAACAGUGCGACAGGUCAGGUGGAAGAUGUGGAUCCAACCCGGAUUCCGCAGACUUUGCUUGCCAUUGUGCAACUGGUACUCAUCCAACCGACUGCAACGACGGACAACUCCAAGCUGGCGGUAAUCUUUUCUCCACUAUUCCCUCAUGA